AUGGUAUAUUUUGCUACUUUGUAUACAACAACGGCAAAUGUUCGAUUCGAUACAAAACAAGAAGAAGAGAUUGAGUAUCACACGGACAUAAAAAGUUUGAAAGAUUCUCUAUAUUCCCAUCAACCUGAUCAUUCAAUUGGAUAUGGAGAUAAGACUACCGGAAGUAACUUGUACAAUGUGUUGAAGAAGUUUCUCAAUAAUGGGAACCUUUCAAUAUGUGGGGCCCAAGUGUAUAUAGCUGUAAAACGGUAUCCAGAUGAGUCGGAUGUAUCCGACAUAAUCACCCAACUACGAGCAAAUCAUGUGAUCGUGUACAUUGCUGUGGACAGUGUCCCAUCGGGCGGUUCCAAUUCUGCAACACUUUACGAAAUGUCGUAUCAAACCAAUGGAUACUGCGCUUUUGCCAUCGGUAGGGAUCUUUCGAAUGCUUUUGUCUGGAUGACUUCUACACUUGAGACGCCUUAUCAAUUCAUUGCUCAAAACUUUGUGGUUUCUGGAUCGGGUCGAAUUGAAAUACCGACAUUCAAAACUCCAAUUCCAGUGGGUAUUAACAAUUAUGCGCGACUUGCAAUAACUGUUCAAAAUCACACACUCGACAAUUCAUUCGUCUCAAUGAAUUAUACACUUGAGAGUACUGAUGGAUCUGAUGUUUACCUUAGUGAUACCAGCCUUCUCUAUGGAACUGCACAAUCAGAUUAUUUCGCUUUGAGCGGAUCUCUCUCUUAUAAAUGGACAAUUGACUAUCAUUAUAAUAAUGAUGAACCACAAAUCAUUGAAUGCAGAAUGUACAGUCAAUAUUAUCACGAUUUCCUUCCACUUCCACCUUUCUGA